CUAUGAUGAUACCGGAUGUUACCUUCCCGCUAUCGAAUACAGGCGAGCGUUUGAGUAUGAAACACUAGAGUUUACCAAGCGGGCUUGAAAGGAGACUCGCCUCCAUGAGUAUAACAACCCCUUCAUGAACCUCCCAAUGUCGUUAACAAUUGAGGUCAGCAGAGUCAAGUUCAUCAAGCCAAACCAGUCCAUCCAAAUCUCUCAUUUACUUACCAAGAAACCAACCUACGCCGAAUCCUCCAAAAUAGAGAGUCGUCCUGAAAUAUAGAGUCGUCAAAAUGACGCGCAUCCUCCUCACCCUCCUUGCCACGGCUGCCGCAUUCCAAGGCGCCCUCGGCGCCCCCUUCCCUCAAGCCGGCGGCAAGCCCACCGGCACUGCUCCUCCGGCCCUGCCCUCCAGGCCUAUCGGUCCUGGUAGCACCCCGCCUCAACCUCCCCGGCCCCCUAUGCCCCUCGGCACCGGGAUCGCACCGCCUCAGCCUCCCCGGCCUCCCUUUCCCCUCGGCACCGGAAUCGCCCCGCCCCCGCCUCCCGGGCCUCCCCCACCCCUCGGCACCGGAAUCGCCCCGCCUCCGCCUCCCCUGCCCGCCAGGCCUAUCGGCACCGCUCCUCCGGCCCUACCACCCAAGCCCAUCGGCACCGGUAGCGCACCGCCUCCGCCUCCCGCGCCUCCCAAGCCGACCGCUACUGUUCCGGUCCCUAGCCCGCCACUUAAACCCACCGGUCCCCCGCCCAAGCCUACCGUUACGGCUACCGUCCCGGUCCCGCCUACGCCUACGACUACUGUUUGA